AUCUCAUACGAGAAGAUGCAAAUAAAAUCAAUAUCAAUGUCGAAUUGCGUAAAUUUAUUGAAGCGUUCGUGUAUAAAAGCAUUUUUUAUCUCGGUGGAGUCAUCAGUUGAGUGAUCUGUCUAAACACAAACAAACUAGCAAAAAUGCAGGUUGCGUUGGUACUAGCAGCAGUGGUGGCGGCGGCGGCGGCGGCCAGCCCCUUCUCGUCCUCCUACCGGUCACCCCUGAAGCCGCUGAAGCCCCUGCAGCCGUUCCGCUCAGCCGUUGCAGCCUCCGCCCCCGUGGCCCGCCAGGUCUACGCCUCGGCCCAGGCCUCCUCCGCCGCCUACGCCCGUGUCUCCAACAACGACCAGAGCGCCAACAUCGUCAGAUACGACUCAGAGAUCAACCCUGACGGCAGCUACAAUUACGCGAUUGAGACCGACAACGGUAUUGCUGCGCAAGAGACGGGGACUCCAGUGAACUUCGGUGGUAACCCCCCCGUGGUGCCCGUGGUCGCCCAGGGGUCUUACUCCUACACCUCCCCCGAGGGACAGGUCGUCGCCAUCACCUACACUGCUGACCAAGAUGGCUUCAAGCCCAGCGGUGACGCCAUCCCCACCUCCCCCCCGAUCCCCCCUCAGAUCCUGAGGGCUCUGGAAUGGAUCGCCAGGAACCCACAAUCUCAGUAAUUUAGUUUAAGAUAGUUCUUUUGUUUUUUAUAUACUUUUGUCAAGCAACCUGCUGUUUAAUAAAUAGGAUAUAUACUUACUGUGAAAAGUGCAAUAAAUAAAUAUCUAUACACCUAA